CUCGCGAGUUAUUGAAAUCAGUAUGUUCAUUUUGAUGUACUCGACUUGAUUUUAUCGUGAGGUACGUACUCACGCAUUCAUCAAGUCUCCUCACCAUCCUAAACAUUAGCGGUUUUGAUUUAAAAGCUACGCAUGAUAUGACGGGUCUGUACAAAUUCCAAGUCCACGAGCUGACUUUCGAUUGAGGGGGGGGGGGGGGGGGGGGGGGGGGGGGGCGUGUGUAAGAAAGUGGUUACCUUCUCAUGUACAUGCAUCUCGGUUGGGGUUAUGACAAUUUCCAAUAUUCGUAAAUUUACAGGUGUUUUACCUUCCUUUGCAUCAAGAGCAGCAGUUAGUCCGCAAUCCGAGAAUGUCGACGACAAUGCUCCGAUUCAUGUCAGGUAUGUAAAGUCUUGGAAUCGCGAGAAAGAAGAUUAAUUUUUUGGCACCAUAUCCUCCCUGCUUUCAUUUCGUUUCAACUCCGAAUUCAAUAAUUUUUUUUUAUGAAAAUGAAAAAUACGAUCACGACAUGUUUUCGUGUAACUAAUAUACUUUUGUUCCGAAAUAUAUCAAAAUGAAUGUCACGUCAUGUGGACCGUAACAGUUCUAGGAACGACGAGAAGUCGCCCCUCCCCCUGCCUGAAAGAGGAACGUUGCCAGUGACGGUAUCUCGACCAUCCCCAUCGUCUUCCUCCUCCUCCACCAGCAACAGGAGCAACAACAACAAUCACAAAAGUAAUACUACUUCGUCGUCGGUGCAGGAUGACUGCAACGAGACGUGCAACGACCAGACGUGUGCUUCGACUUACCCAAAUAUGUGCGACGGUCAAGAUUCUGAUUAUUGCUGGGUCGGUUGCAGCUGCCAGGACUAUGCUUGCCAUUGCUUCUGCCUUCUUUAACUGCUUCGAUCUCCAUGUAAUUUCGGCUUCUUCUUUCUGCUGUUCCACCGGCAGAGCAGCUUUUCCUUCCUAAUGAGUUGGGACUGCUUUUGUUUGGUGUUUUCCUUUCUUUCUUUCUUCAUAAAAUAAAACAAAUGAUCGAUCCGAUCAUCUCUGAUUUCAAUAAUGAAUUUCAUACGUCCCAUCAAAUAAAAAAUCAGUUAUAAGGGCUUUUGUGUACACAAGGUUUCUUUAUUAAUGGAGUCAUGAUAAUUAUAUUAGUUGAUUGUUUCUUUAUCUAUGAAUGAAUUAUUUGAAUAUUA